AUGACAGAUGCUAGUGACUAUGCUGUCGGAGCGGUUCUGGGCCAGAGAAAGGAGAAGAAGCUGCACGUGAUCUACUACGCCAGUCGCACACUUGAUGAAGCUCAGUGCAAGUACGCUACGACUGAGAAGGAACUAUUGGCGGUGGUGUUUGCAUUUGAGAAGUUUCGGUCCUAUCUUGUUGGAUCGAAGGUGAUUGUCCACACUGAUCACGCUGCAUUGAAGUACUUGCUGACGAAGAAGGAUGCGAAGCCGAGACUCUUGAGAUGGAUUCUUUUGCUUCAGGAGUUCGAUCUGGAGAUCAAGGAUAAGAAAGGGAUUGACAAUGGUGUAGCUGAUCACCUGUCAAGGAUGAAGAUCGAUGAUGACGUCCCUCUAGACGACAGCCUUACCUGA